CAUUACCUCUCUGCCGGUGGAACUCCUCCUCCUCAGUGCUGGCUUGCCUAGCCCCACCUCUCCUAGGCCAGUGGUGGUCAUUCUACAACCUAUUCAACAAUUUCAGGACCAGGAAAUAGAGGCUUUAAAUUCUGGUGUCUGCUUCACCUCUGUCUCUUUCUGAGCCUCACUUUUCCUACGUGAAGUUAAAAAAAAACAAAAAAAAAACUUUACAACCCUGGGAUGCAGCUUGCUCUGGCUUGGAACUGUGUGAUGAUGCUUAACAGAGGAUUAUUUGUUACGGAGGGGCUGACUGCUGUAGUCACAAAGACCAGGAAGUUUGAGUCCCCGGCAGCACGGUUGCCUUUAGAAACUACAUUUCCCGACAUGCAAAGUGGUUGGGGGAAACGUCCAUCUUUGCCUGAUUCGAGGACUACAACUCCCGGAGUGCCACUCUCGAUUUACUAGCCGGAAGGUCCUGAUUUAGGGACCGGAUGUGUCCUGUUGCUCCAGCGAAACGCUGGGGAGAUGGUGAGCCUGGGGCCACCGGGACAGACCAAGUGGUGGGAUUUGGCCUCGUCGCUGUUAGCCUGAUCAUCUUCACCUACUACACCACUUGGGUGAUUCUUUUGCCCUUCAUUGACAGCCAGCAUGCCAUCCACAAGUACUUCCUGCCUCGUGCCUAUGCCAUCCUCAUCCCGCUGGCCUCGGGCCUCCUGCUGCUCCUGCUUGUGGGUGAUGGCUGGGAGAUGCUGCGUGGCCAUGCGGCUUAAGGAAUGGCGGUGAGGGUGCCUGCCGGGUGUCUGUUUGGGAGCCCUGGCCGCCCAGCCUUCCCUCUGGUCAUUUUGCUCUGUGUGUUCCAGGGUUGUUCAUCACCUACGUGAUGCUGAAGAGCCGAAGGGCGACCAAGAAGGCUCAGUGAGGGUCCAGCAGGGAUGAGAAUGCCAGCCUUCUCCAUUAUCUUCCCCAGGGAAGGGACCAAGAGUCAGCCUGGCUGUGCUGCAGCUCUCUUUGGGAGGUGGGGCUUCUUACAGCUCAACUCUGACAAACUGGAGUCCUCUCCUAUUCGUCCUUCCAGAAGCCAAGAAAGAGGAAGGUGGAUUGGGAGACCCUCCCUCACCGCUUCAGGCUCAUGGCCUGAACAUUGCUAGUCCUGCCGACCUCGCAGUCAGAGCUCCCUGCCACUCCCACAGGGUUCUGCUCUCUUGCCCGUUUUCUCCUGCCAUGUGCUGAGAGACGCAGCAGCCCCCCCAACUCGCCGUACAACCUGUCUCUUCACGUGGCAGCUCUUCUGAGUCUGCUGCUGUCAGGACUCCAUGAGGACUUCUGGACCCAGAAAGCCCUAGGGGAAGACUAACAAACCACAGAACCCAGCUGGCCUGUUUGGGAAAACUUACAAAUAAAUGUUGAUCAUGUUA